AUGGGCCGAACCCGAGAGGGGUCCCGAGGUAGAGCUGUGGGCGCGGUGCGAGGGGGUGGCGCCCGAGGGACAGCUGCAGAGGGCACGACGACCACCCUGCUGGGCCGCUACUUGGAGUGGAAGAAGAGGCGGGCGCAGCAGGCCGCCAAGGUGGAGCAGACGAGCCGAGGAGGGGGUGUGGGCAGCUACUUUGCAACAGCUGCCUCGACUGCGACUUCCUCCUCUUCUUCGCCCUCUGCUUCAUCGAUAAGACUGCCGCUCUUCCUCAAGCGCCUCGUGUGGCGAAUCAUCGAAUUCGUGAAGCAAUUGCGCAGGCGGCAGCUGGUGCACUUUGCGAUGUGGGGCGGUGGCGUUCUCUGCCUCUACUCCCUAUGGCGGUGGUACCGCGCCGCCUUUCGCAAAUCCUGCAUCCCUCCCCACGAGGAGGAGGAGGGCAUCGUGGACGUGUGCGUCGUGGGCGCAGGACCAAGCGGGGCGACCUGUGCCUACCACCUGGCCAAAGCCGGCCACAGCGUGAUCCUGAUCGAUAGCCAGCGCUUCCCGCACGACAAGGUGUGCGGAGACGUGGUCCCGCCUCUGGCACAGAAGCAUCUGGAGGAAAUGGGCGUACUUCAGCAAAUCGUGCUCGAGAAAGAGGGCCGAUGGGGCAACUCGGGAGGUUUUGUGAGCCCGUCGGGGCUGAGCUUCAUCGGAAAGCUGACCACCGGCGAGCGGCUGCUCUCCGUACAGAGGAUCAUACUCGACGAAAAGAUCGCUUACGCAGCCGAGAGCGCCGGUGCCACGCUCUUGGACGGCUUCACUGUCAAAUCCGUGAAGUGGAACCCGGAGGACGAGCUCUGGACCAUCGUGCUCGACACCAUGGACACGCACGGCGAGAACUAUGUGUACAGGGCGCGAGCGUUGGUGGCCUGCGAUGGAGCCAAAUCAGAGAUAGCGCGCCAGCUCGGGGCCGGCACCCACGCGUUCCCGGCAGCGGACCACGUGUCGUUCUACUCGGAACAGCUGCUGCCGGGCUUCUUCGUGGUGUUCCACGAGCUGGAGGACUUCCUCAACAUGUGCUGCUACUUCAUCCCGCUCCCCUCGACGUCCCGUUGGAAGGGCCGCACGGUCGAAGAGCUGCAGGAGGCCUACAGCGACUACAUGGAGACCGAUCCGUACAUCAAGCAGGCGCUCGGGCCGGACGUUGCCGUCACCCCGUGCAAGUUUGCACCGAUGCGCGUCGGUGGAGUGUCGAGGAGCUACGGCAACCACUUCCUGGUGGUCGGCGAUGCUGCGGGACAAGUCGAUCCGCUGACCGGAGGGGGCAUCCAUUUCGCGAUGGAGGCGGCCAAGAUCGCAGCGGAGACCCUGGUGGAGGCCUUCCGAGAGGGAGACCUCACCGCGGGGCGGCUCAAGGUGUACCAACAGCGAUGGAGAAAGGCCUUCGGGUGGGACUUUUGGCUGUCCUUCCUGAUUCUGCGCCUACUGUACAGGUUCCCCAUCCUCUUGGAUGCCGCUGCCGAGGUGAUCAAGCGCAAGGGCGACGCGUUCGUCGGAGCAUGGGCCACGGCCUUCGUGUUGCUCUGGCGACAACUGCGCUAUGGCAAGCUCACCCCACCAGGCACAUAA